AUGGCGCUCCCCUUGCGUCGUAUGUUCAGAAUGAUUCAGAAGUUUAAUAAGACGAUAAAUUGUCCGAAAAGGCCGCUGAGUGCUGCUGUGUUCACCGGAGGACAGGACGGUGGAGAGGUUGGACGUGUAUUCUCAGGAAUUCAACCAACUGGGGUGCCCCACCUGGGGAACUACUUGGGGGCUUUGGAGAACUGGGUGGCCCUGCAGAAUCGGUACCCCUCAGUGCUCUACAGUAUUGUGGAUCUGCACUCCAUCACCCAGCCUCAGGACCCAGCCAAACUCAGGUCCAACAUACUGGACAUGACAGCCAGCCUUUUGGCCUGUGGCAUUGACCCUCAGAGGACCAUUCUUUUCCAGCAGUCUCAGGUGGCUGAGCACGCCGAGCUGUCCUGGAUCCUUGGGUGUCUGACCAGCAUGCCUCGGCUCCGACACCUGCCGCAGUGGAAGAUGAAGAGCAAAAACAGAAGUGAAGGCAGCGUCGGUCUCUACACGUAUCCUGUCCUGCAGGCUGCUGACAUUCUCCUCUACAAGUCGACUCAUGUUCCUGUUGGAGAAGAUCAGGUCCAACAUUUAGAUCUAGCUCAGGAUCUCUCAAGGAUCUUCAACUACAGAUAUGGAGAGCUGUUCCCUGAACCCCACGCCCUGCUGAGCUCUGUGCGGAAGAUCAAAUCCCUCCGUGAUCCUUCUGCCAAAAUGUCCAAGUCCGACCCCCAAAGACUGGCGACCAUUACGGUCACAGACACUCCCGAGGACAUACAACUCAAGGUGCAAAGAGCCGUCACAGAUUUCACCUCUGAGGUCACCUUUGAGCCAGAGAAGCGGCCAGGUGUGUCCAACCUAGUGACUAUCCAUGCUGCCAUGGCGAUGAUCAGCCUAGAGGACGCGGUGCACCAGGCUCGGGGUUUGGACACGGGAGCCUACAAGUUGCUGGUAGCAGAAGCUGUGAUUGAGAGGUUGACACCCAUCAGAAAAGGCAUUGAGAGGUUGAGAUCGGACCCCGCUUACCUGGAGGGAGUGUUAGCCGACGGGACACGCAGAGCUCGGGAGCUGGCCUCCUCUGUCCUCAAGGAGGUCCAACACAGAGUGGGAUUGUGUUGAAAAUAAGGCUCCAGUCCAUCUGUAUGACGUUUUCUUCCAUGGUUUCUUCCAGUGACUAAUUAAAUCCAUUUGAGGGCAUAUUUAAAAACUUUGGUGGCCUUGGUGGCCACCAAAGCUAGGCCUUGGAAAUGCAAUAAACUGACAAACAAGUGCAUUUCAAGCUACAUGUAAAUACACAGUCAAACAUACAGUAUGUCCAUGGUUUUUUUUUUGCCUUUUAACCAACUCUCACCCCUGGCUGUUUUUGGAACAGAUUCAAGCCAUAUCAGACAAAAUUCGAGCUUGUUGCAUCUUGGUCCAUUUUCUCUAAAUUACCAGCGAAAACUGCCAGACCUGCAUGAGUUUGGCACUUAAUUUUCCCAAGCAGCCACUCUGCACAACCUGUAUAAUUCAGAGGAACUCUGCAUAGCUUGACACAAGUCAGACAAGGUCGGUUAAUCCAGUUUUGUGCUAGUUUUGAACACGUUCAAAAUAGAGCAGGAGUGACUAAUUCAUUUAAUGACUAUUAAAUUAAUCAAACUAUUUCAAUAAUUUUGACUCAUUUAAAAAUAGAUUUCAGCUUCUUCUUGAAUGUGAAUAUUUAUGGUUUAUUUUACAAGCUGCUUUUCUCCUAUCUGGCAAUAAACUGAGUAUCUUUGGGCUGUGAACAAAACAAGACAUUUGAAGGGAGUCGUCUUGGAUUCUGCAUAACAUUGAUUGACUUUUUUUUUUUUUUUACACUUCAUGGACCUAAAACUAAUCAAAUAAUUAAGAAAAUAAUCUGUUUAGUCUAUUAUGGAAAUGCUCUUUAGUUCCAGCGCUAGUUUAGAAUUUUCUUGAACUCAGUCAAAAGCCUGCGUAACGCAGAAUAACUUGUAUUCAACUUGGUAUAGCUCAGGGUAACUCCUGCUUUCUGGGUGAUAAUUGAAUGCUGAGUUGCCCUAAGCUUCCCCUGAGGUAUCCUGAGUGAAGUAGGAGUUAAGCCCAGUUAGUCAGUUUGAUCUCCUACUUACAGUUUGAUUGCCUACUUUAAGAAAAGGGAGGAGCACAGGGUAACAUAAGAGUGGAGGA